AUGCUGAAGCUGACCCUGUUGGCUGGCCUGAUCGCUGUUGCCGGGGCCCAGACGGCAGUCAACCGGUUCCCGGAUGGUUUCCUUUUCGGGGCCGCCACUGCUGCCUUCCAGAUCGAAGGAGCGUGGAAUGAGGAUGGCAAGGGUGAGAGCAUCUGGGACCGCAUGCUCCACGAACACCCGGAGUACGGCACGAAUGGCGACAACGGCGACGUGGCCUGCGAUUCGUACCACAAGUACCAGGAGGACGUGCAGAUGCUGAAGGCGAUCAACGCGGACGUGUACCGUUUCUCCAUUGCCUGGACACGCAUCCUGCCCACUGGAGACCUCGACGUCAUCAACCAACCGGGCAUCGACUACUACAACAAUCUCAUCAACGAGCUGCUCGCGAACGGAAUCCAGCCUCUGGUGACAAUGUACCACUGGGACCUGCCGCAAGCGCUGCAGUACAUCGGUGGAUGGCCAAACCCAAUUCUCGCUGACUACUUCGUGGAGUAUGCCAGAGUGCUGUUUGAAAACUUUGGAGACAGAGUGAAGAUGUGGACCACGUUCAACGAGCCGGAAGUGUUCACCAUCGGCUACGCUUCCGCGGAAUUUCAGGCUCCGUCACAGAACGCUCCGGGCAUCGGCGACUACCUGGCUGCACACACCGUCAUCAGAGCACAUGGACUCGUCUACCGCCUCUAUCAGGAACAGUUCAAGGCCAAGCAGAAUGGCACCGUAGGAAUUACGUUAAGUAUAACGGGAAGAAAACCAGUCUCAAACUCCAGUGAAGACUUGGAAGCAGCUGAGAGGAAGUAUCAGUUUGAUGUUGGUCACUACGCACACCCUAUCUUCAGCCAGGAGGGGGAUUACCCGGCGGUGGUGCGUCAGAGGGUAGACGCUAACAGCGCAGCAGAGGGGCGUCCCCGCUCACGGUUGCCAACUUUCACUCAGGAAGAGAUUGAGUACCUCAGAGGUGCAUCUGACUUUUUUGGAGUGAAUCAUUAUUUAACGAGCUAUGUGAAACCAAGCGACUUUUGGAGUUCUCCAUCCAAAUGGCACGACGCUGGUGUCGUCAGUGUCAAUAUUGGGUACUAUCCUUCGGGAUUCCGCGACUUACUGAACUGGCUCGUUAAGGAAUACCCUGGUUAUCCAAUCUUUGUGACAGAAAACGGAUUGUCAAAUACUGGUGGUCUUAAUGACACCGACAGAAUCGAGUACUUUACGUCGUACCUGACGGCUCUUCUACAAGCUAUCCACGUUGACGGUGUUCCUGUGAUUGGCUACACCUGCUGGAGUCUCAUGGACGACCUCGAGUGGACGGACGGAUUUACCAAGAAGCUAGGGCUGUACGAGGUGGAUUUCGACAGCCCGAACAGAACCAGGACGCCAAGGGCCUCUGCAGCUUUCAUGUCGGAGAUCUUCGAGACUAAGGAGCUGCCUCAGGAAUACUUGCGCUACAGCAAGGGUGAGAGCAUCUGGGACCGCAUGCUCCACGAACACCCGGAGUACGGCACGAAUGGCGACAAUGGCGACGUGGCCUGCGAUUCGUACCACAAGUACCAGGAGGACGUGCAGAUGCUGAAGGCGAUCAACGCGGACGUGUACCGUUUCUCCAUUGCCUGGACACGCAUCCUGCCCACUGGACACCUCGACGUCAUCAACCAACCGGGCAUCGACUACUACAACAAUCUCAUCAACGAGCUGCUCGCGAACGGAAUCCAGCCUGUGGUGACAAUGUACCACUGGGACCUGCCGCAAGCGCUGCAGUACAUCGGUGGAUGGCCAAACCCAAUUCUCGCUGACUACUUCGUGGAGUAUGCCAGAGUGCUGUUUGAAAACUUUGGAGACAGAGUGAAGAUGUGGACCACGUUCAACGAGCCGGAAGUGUUCACCACCGGCUACGCUUCCGCGGAAUUUCAGGCUCCGUCACAGAACGCUCCGGGCAUCGGCGACUACCUGGCUGCACACACCGUCAUCAGAGCACAUGGACUCGUCUACCGCCUCUAUCAGGAACAGUUCAAGGCCAAGCAGAAUGGCACCGUAGGAAUUACGUUAAAUAUAACGGGAAGAAAACCAGCCUCAAACUCCAGUGAAGACUUGGAAGCAGUUGAGAGGAAGUAUCAGUUUGAUGUAAGUAUGGUUGGGCUCUACGCACACCCUAUCUUCAGCCAGGAGGGGGAUUACCCGGCGGUGGUACGUCAGAGGGUAGACGCUAACAGCGCAGCAGAGGGGCGUCCCCGCUCACGGUUGCCAACUUUCACUCAGGAAGAGAUUGAGUACCUCAGAGGUACCUUCUCCUUGGUCUACCCCGACUCCUCCUACCCUCUAGUGCUGAACCCAUGA